AUGGCUUGCGAUUUGGAGAAGAUUGAAGAAAAUGAAAGAGAAAAACCAAAUGUUGUAAUUCAAUUAAAUACAUUAGGCCUUGAAGAAUUAAUAUCUUUAACCUUAAAAUUAGAAGAGGAAUGGAAAAUUAUAAAAAAAAAUUAUACCAUUUUAGAAAGUGCUAUAGUAACUUAUGACAAAUGUAAAAAUUGUGUAGAACAGUUAAAUCCUUCUAAAUAUGAAGCAAAAAAUUUUAAUAUAUUUAUGAACGAAUUAGAACGAUCAGAGCUCAUUAAACUAUGUACUAAAGAACAAGAUAAUAAAAGUAAAGAUACAGAUAAGGAAGAUUCUCAAGAAAAAAAAAAAAUUGAAAAUAUAGAUAAUUUAAUUGACCAAAUUAAAAUUAAUGAAAAGGAAGAAGAAAAAGAAAAAAAGCAGAAAUCGUUAGAUGUGCAUAUACCUUUGACAUCUUUAGUUUAUGUUCCAGGAAAAAUUGUUGAUACUGAAAACUUUUUAAUACGUAUGGGAACAAACUAUUACGUUCAAAGAAAUUCUCAACAGACAAUUGAAUAUUUUAAUGAUAAAAUAAAAAGAUUAAAUGAGCAGAUAAAAAAAUUAAAAAUAACAUUAAUUGAAAAAAAAAAUGAAAUAGAUCUAUGUAAAAAUUAUAUACAAAUUAAAAGAGAACAACAAAGGAGCAAUUUAAAUACAAACACACAAGCUUCUUCACUUAAUCCUUCAGUAAGUAGUUAA